AUGGGUGCUGAAUUUGAAAAGCUUUUAGAAAAUUUUUCUCUUGGAAAUGAAUUUAUUUGUUCCUCAGAUAAUAUUAAAUGUCUUUCACGUUUUUUACCUCGUCCACCAAUAUUUUCUAUUCCUUUAGAAGAAGAUAAUUUUAAUUUAUUUGGUAACAAUAAUCAAGAAAAAAAUCAAGAAUCUUUAAGUUGGUUAAGGCUACAUAGAUGUUAUUUAAUUAUAAGUAUGGCUUUUGGAAUUUCAAAUCGAUUGGAGAAUUUAAUUGGAUUUUUUGCACUUUGGAUGGCUCAAAGUCAAGAAAAUAUUAGUUACAAAAAUAAUAAAAUAAAUGAAUUUACCAAUAACUUAUCAAAUGAUUUCUCAAUUAUUCUUGAAAAACAAUUAUUUAUUGGCCAUUCGGAAAACGAAAUUUAUACAGAUUUAAAUAUUUUUCAAACCUUAUUUUCUGUAGUUAUUGGAAUGCAAAUACGAGAAUUACUUAUUAAAUCAAUUAAAAAUAAUGAUUUUGAAUUAAUAAAUAAAUAUAAAAUAAAAUUAGAGGUUUUGAGUUUUUCCUUCAGAAAUGCCAGUCAAAAACCCAAAGAAAAUGAAUUAAUUUGGCGAAGUAUUAAAAGGAAUUUUCCUCCAUUAAAUGAAUUAAACAGGCCAAAUUGGUACUCACUUAUUUUGAGUGGGGCUGAAGAAAAGUUUAAUUUAAAUGAAUUAACAGAAUUGAAUAAAAAUAAUUUACAAGUAUUUCCUUCAGAAAAUUACAAAUUUCAAUUAAAUAAUUUUGAGGAUAUUUUGAUUAUGCAGUAUUUAUCUAGUGAAUUCCCGAUAGUUAAUUUGCCUACUCCACUAAUUCAAAUGCGUUUAGAACUUGUACCUAAUGAAUUUUGUAGUUGUAAUCGACAAUCUUUUAUCUCAAAAAAUUUAAACAAAAAUACUCAAAAUAAUAUAAUUGAAAAUUUUGAGGAAAUUGGGAGGAAAUUUUCUUUUAAAAUAAAUGAAAAUAAUUUAAUUAAAGAAAAGGAACAAGAAAAUAUUUGUAAAAGAGAAGAAAUUGAUGAAUUAGAAAUAUUAGCUGAGGAAAUUCGUUCAGGGAUUAAACGGUUAGAAUUACUUGAAGAAGAAACGAAUUUAAUAAAUGGAAAGGAAAUGGGAAAUUUACAAGCAAUUGAGGUAAAACAACAAAAGAAUAUUCGCCCAAAACAUCAAUUAAAACCAAAUAAAAAAUUAUCAAAAAUAAAUAAAAACAAAAGACAGUCAGUAACUCAAAGUGAUUUAGAAAAGAAACAAAAAACAUAUUCAGCUUUUCUUUCAUCUUUACUUAAACAAAAAGGUAUUGAAGGAAGUGAAGAAUUAACAUCAACAACAGAACCAUUAAAAAGUAGUAGUGAAAUAAAUAAUAAUAAUUAUUAUUCUACAAAUAAUUCUGUUUAUUCUUCUGAAAGUAGAAGUUCCUUAAAUUCUAAUAAAGAAAGAAGAAAAAAUAAAAAAAUAAAUUGUUCUUCAAAAUUAAAUGAAGAAGAAGAAAGUUCAACAAGUAAUUGGGCGUCUGAAGAGGAAGAAGAAGAAAAAAAUAUUUUUGAAAAGGAAUUAACAAAGGAGCAACUUUUACAGGAAAUGAAUAAAGUUGGAAAACAUUUGGAAUGGAUAUGGGCUCAAAUUGGAGGAAGAAUAAAUGAAGAAAAUGUUGAUGAGGAAGAUUAUGAUAAUGAAGAGGUUGAUGAAGGGGAGGAUAAUCAAAAGGAUGAGGAAAUUUUAGAAAGAAAAGAAAAUAGGUUAUUUGUUUUGUGUAGAUAUUUUAGGGUAUGGAGAUUAUUCGAGUUUCGAACUGUAAAGCUUAUAGCAAUUGCAAAGCAUAUAGCUAUUUAUCUCCUAAGGCUGUGCAGUAAGCGGCGUGUUAAUUAA